UCGGCACCACUGUCGCCCGUCUCAUUGCCAUCUCCCUCUACACUGGUGGGACCCUGCUUGUCGCCUUCUCCACCCCAGAGAUGGCAGUGCUGCUCUUCCCGGCCAUGUCCAUGCUAUCAGUGGGUGGCAUUCUCCUCAUCCUCACCAACAUGCAGGUGGGAAACCUCUUUGGGAAGUAUCGCUCCAUCAUCAUCACCCUCUACAACGGAGCCUUUGACUCCUCCUCCGCCAUCUUUCUCAUCAUCAAGGUGCUGUAUGAGCACGGGCUGUCCCUGCGGGCCAUGUUCCUCUUCAUGGCAGCCUGCAGCACCUGGCACCUCCUGCGCACCCUCUUCCUCAUGCCCCGCACCCGCAUCCCCUACCCGCUGCCCCCCGCCUAUGACUACGGGCUGCGGUGCCCGGGGCGGUCCCGCUCCUACCGCACUUACGAGGAGAAGCGCCCGCCGGGGGAGGCCGGGCCCGAGGAGACCCCCCUGGAGCCGGGGGCACCGCGAGACGCGGCCCCCCCGGUGACGCCCUUCGCGGCCUGCGCGCGCUCGGCGCUGUUCGCCUGGCACGUGGCCUGGCUGUCGGUGAUGCAGCUGCGGCACUACCUGUUCAUCGGCACCCUCAACCCCCUGCUGGACCACCUGGCCCGCGGGGACCCCCGCCUGGUGAGCACCUACACCAACGCCUUCGCCUUCACCCAGCUCUGCGGGGUGCUCUGCGCCCCGUGGAACGGCUUCAUCCUCGACCGGCACAAGCGCGGCAGGACCCCCCGCCCCGAGGGAGCCCUGGGGACGCUGGCGGACCUGCGCGCUUCGGUGCUGUCCCUGGCGGUGACAGUGACACAGUGCCUGCUGUUCUCGGUGUGCGCGGCCGUGCCCGUCCUGCCCGUCCAGUUCGGCACCUUCGUGCUGCAGGUGCUCAGCCGCUCCUUCCUCUACGGGGGCAACGCCGCCUUCCUGGCCAUCGCGUUCCCCCCGCAGCACUUUGGGAAGCUCUACGGCCUGGCCAUGGCCCUGUCGGCGCUGGUGGCCCUGCUGCAGUACCCCUUGGUGGCCCUGGUGCGUGGGCCCCUCGGCGGGGACCCCUUCUACGUGAACUUGGGGCUCAUCGCUGUGGUGCUGGUGGCCUUUGUCAGCCCCGUGGUGGUGACCCGCGAGUGCCAGCGGCGAGCCAAGGAGCUGGGGGCUGCUGGCACCCCCCUGGCAGCCCCCCCCAGCACCCAGGCCACCUCCGAGCUGCCCCACUGAGCCCUGUGCACACCAGCCCCCCAUUUCCUACUGGACUUGGGGGGGGUGUGCAAGCGGGACAGGGGGGAGUUGGGAGUGCAAUAAACCACGCUGCCCCCUC